AUGGCGGUCAUCUUUGCCCCGGUGAUGAUUGUGCUCCUGUUGUUGACACACAUCUCCCAGGCUGGUGUACAAGUCCAGGAUGGUGAAUUGGUUUUUCCACUGGAAUCGGUGAAAAAAAUGAAGGAACUCCUGGGAAAAGAGGACAAACCAGGUUCCUCCACCGGGAGAAGUGAGACCCAGGUCACUUACUUACAACUCUGUUUGAACCCAGAGCUGCCAAAGGACUUGCGCCCGGUCUGUGCCAAGGAAGAUGCCCCUGGCAUUUUCAGGAGGCUUGAACUUGCUGUGAACGACCCCGACUUGUGUGAACUAUGUGUCAAUGCUGCAUGCAGCGGCUGUUAA